AUGACUAAAGUGCCUCAGAGAAGUCGUUGUCACCCAGGGCGCCCGGGGAGCACGUCCCGCAGGUGGCAGCAGCAGGCAGUGCUGGUGGCAGUAGUCAUGGGGAUGCCCCUGCUCAGUCUCGAAACUCCUGCAAAUGUGGGUCUUAAUCCCAUUUUGCAGAUGAAUGUCUGUAGGUUACGCUUAACAGUACCACCUGAUGAAGGUUCACAGCCUGAACAGGGAGCAAAGGAACCUGAAAGAAAGAAAAACCUCUACCAUGUACCAAAUGGCAUGUCUCCAGGGAAGCUCUCUCAUGGGAUGGUGUAUGGCGUGGUGCACCGAACUGACAACAACCAUAAGAGAGAAAUGGUGGUUUAUGGCUGGUCAGCCGAUCAGCUGAAAGAGGAGAUGAAUUACAUUAAAGAAGUGAGAGCAACUCUGGAAAAAGUAAGAAAGAAAAUGUAUGGUGAAUAUGAUGAAAUGAAACGAAAAAUACAGCAGCUUACGAAUGAACUGAAAGUGACAAAUGCUCAUCAGGAAUCCUUAGAGAAUCAUGUGCGAGUGCAGGCUGCAGCCUUAGAUAGCUUUAGUGAAAUGAACAGCUCCUUGACAUCAGCAUCAAUAGACUUGCAGAAAACUCUAGUGGAUGUUACAUUGGAGAACACUGAUAUAAGGGAACAAAUAAGGAAUUUAAAACAUACACACGAGCAAUCUAUGGAAAAGCUGAGAGAGAAGCAAAAGCAACUGGAAACAGCACAAAUUGAAAAUCAGUUACUGAAAUUAAAGGUGGAGUCGUCGCAGGAGGCCAAUGCUGAAGUCAUGAGAGAGAUGACAAGAAAACUGUAUAGUCAAUAUGAAGAAAAAAUGCGAGAAGAGGAGCAGAAACAUAAAGCUGAGAAAGAAAUCCUCCUAGAGGAAACAAAUCGGCUUCUGAAGGCUAUUGAAGAGGCAAAUAAGAAGAUGCAGAUUACAGAAACAAGCAUACAGGAAAAAGACCAGAGAAUCGGUGAGCUGGACCGGCUGAUUGAACGCAUGGAAGAGGAACGUCACCAGCUGCAAAAACAACUCGAACUAAAUGAAAUACAAAUAUCUGGAGCAAAAUCUGACAACAGCUCUGACAGUGAAAGGUCACAGCAUUUGGAAGAGGUAGCAGCUAGCCUAAGAGAGCGAAUCAAACAUCUGGAUGAUAUGGUCCACUGCCAACAGAAGAAAGUCAAGCACAUGGUUGAGGAGAUUGAAAUGCUAAGGAAGAAAGUAAAAGAAAAGGAAUUAUUUAUAAUACAGCUUUUAGAAAAAAUCUCUUUCUUAGAAUGUGAGAAUAAAGAAUUACAAGAUAAAUUGGACUACUUGAUGGAAAACCAACCAAAGACCAAUAUAGAAACCAGAGAUACUGGUGUAGGAUGUGAUCUUCCAUACAGGAAAUUCAUUGCUAGACUUCCAGAUAAGGGUAAGAAGAUCUCCGAUUUUGCUGAAAAGCUGAAGCUUGCCAUUUUACAAGAGGAAGAAUUGGCAAGGACGGCUGAGCUGUUAUCUGCUGUCAGGUUGGAGUUUCAGGUGAAACAAGAGGAGAUUAGUACAAGCAAACAGCAAGUUAUCCUAAAUGAGGACACACUAAACUGUGAAGAUUCCUCAGUCUUUAAUGAAAACUCUAACGUUAAAGACGUUUCUGAGAUUUCUUCCCAAAAGCAGGAGGUAGAAUGUAUUGAGGAAGAUGCCACAAAUACAGCUCUGGAAAAUCAAAGGAAUCAGAGGAAAAACGAUAAAGAAAAGACUGUUACAAAAGAUCAGAAUCUUUUCUGUGAAGUCGUCUCCAAGGCAGCCACAAGCAGUCAUCUGCAAAAUGAUCAGCAGGUAUCUCGGAGCAAUGCUGAGAAUGGUACAGAACAUACAGCUGCUUUGGACAACAGCAAAGACGCGCUGGUUGAUGCCUUUCAAAAAGUUACAAUUGUAGAUGGGGAUGAUAGUGAAAAAGUAUUGGAAAAAGAGCAGAAUGUGGCUAAACAUAAGGGCAAUAUCUUUGGAAGCCUGCACCCCAAGACACCGCAUUAUAUUGAAGUUCUAGAGUCUAGAGCCAAAAACCCAGUCAUAAAAAAAAGCAAAUUUAAAACAAAUGUAUUAUCAGGAGAGCAGAGUGGAUCAUCGCAUGGUUCCUCAUCCAGUCAAUCACCUGGGGGAUUUGGCUCUCCAAUUACUACUGAAGAAAGACGACUUAGAGAUAAGAAACAUUUGAACGACAUCACAGCAGCUCGGCUGCCACCACUUCACCAUUCCCCUGCUAAGCUGUUAUCCAUAGAGGAAUCCAUAGCAAUUCAGAUACAGCAAAAAGAAGCUUAUGAGAAAUUUCAAUCCAAGCUUGCAGCACAGAAGCUUGCAGAGAGAUUGAAUAUAAAAAUGCUCAGGUUUGAACCAGAGGGGGAGGCCUCAAUGCAAUACAGAGAAGUGAGAGAUGAAGAUUAUUUUUCAGCAGAGGACUGA